GGAAAGUAGCAAUGCCAAGUUUUUUUUAUCUUUGAAUUAAAUCACAUAUAAGUUGUUGAAAUAAAGGCCUAGAUAUUACUAAUAGACUUGUAGUGGACAAAAAUAUGAAAAUAUUUUAAAUGGACAAAAAAGUGACAAAAACAUACAAUUAAAUGCUCGGCCCUUAUAUUCCCCACUGACCUAGCCUCUCUCAUCGUAACUCAUUGAGACGAUAGUGACAAACUCCAGUCGGCGCCGCCCCAUCGCCCUGCCGCUCCAUCGUAACUCUUCUUCUUCUUCUCACUCUUCUUCGCCGUUACUUGUCCUGCCCGCCGCCACCAUCACUGUAACUGAGGAUCUAGGCUUCGUCAUCGGUGGAAGCACUACAAUGUUCCGUUCGUGGCUCUGACUCUCCAUCCAUAUCUCUGCUCCGCCUCUCCGUAUAGGUUGUCCUUCAAUCACCAUCGUCCAACUCGAGCAGAUUAGCGUUGACGAGUUGACCGAAUUUUUGGACGGCGAGCGACGGCGGUGAAAAGAUCGGUGUUUAAGGAUGACAGAGAUAUGCGAUUUGGUGGCCGUUAAAGCUCGGAUGGGGGGUGGCGCAGGUGAGCCGGAGGCUACGCUUACAGGCGGUGGUGCGGUUGGAGGCUUGGGUUGGAAGCUGGGGCUGAGGUGUGAGGCUGGGAUCGGAUCUGGGAGUUCGAAGCUGGGGUGGGCCGGCAGGCAGAGCUUGGGGUUGGGGUGGGCUAGGGUUAGUCUGUGGGACAGGGGUAGGGGCUGGCGGGGCAGAGAAUGCAGUGUCACUAUUUUCCUGUGUAGCCCGAUAAUACAUGUAACUGGAGGCGGCGUAACUGGCGGUGGUGUCUUUGUACCGGUGUCACUGACGGUGAUUGUGGCAGUGUCACUGACGGUGAUUGUGGCGGUCUCACUGGGUUAGUGACCUGAGUUGGCGGAGGUCACUGACUAGUGACCGGAGCUAGACGGAAGUCAUUGGUUAGUGACGGGGAAGUCACUCUGUUAGUGACUGGUGUGGAUGGCGAGGUUGCAGGUGCCGGUGGUGGUGACAUCCGAUGUGGUGGGGUGUGAGGCAGUGGUGUUGAGGUUGUUGCAGUG